AUGUGGCCGGCUGGCACGGCCGGCAAGCCGUCGGCUCCGCGGGAUUCGGCGCUGCGGAAAGCGGCUUUCUCCGGCAACCUCUCGGCUCUGCCGCUGCACCUGGCGCCCAGCGGUCGGAGCGUGCGGGUCUUCAUCAGCGCCAACCCCGAAGAUACGGUUGCCGAAAGGAACGCUUUACGAGAACACAUCUAUCCCAAGCUGCGGGAAUUCUGCAGGGAAAACUAUGGGAUGGAAUUUCAGGUCAUUGAUCUGUACUGGGGAGUAGAACCAGAAGAAUGGGACAGCCCAGAUCUCCAAAAGACACGUAUGAGGCUCUUAGAAGACUGCCUGAAAACAUCAGCAGGUCCAUGUUUUGUUGGUCUUUUGGGAGAAAAAUACGGAAGUAUCCGGAUCCCGGGGGAAGUGGAAUCCUCAGAAUUCGAAAUGAUCCUGGAUGCCGCUAUUGAGGCCAAGCUAGAAACCAAGAUUUUGGAAGAGUGCUACUGCCGGGAUGAGAACGCCGUGCCCCCAACUUAUUACCUCAAACCGAAACCGGACAUUAUGAAGAGCAAUCCCAAUAUGAUGGAAGCCUCUUGCAACCCUGUCAGUGAGAGCAAAUGGCAGGAGAUAUCAGAAGAAAUUAAGGUGAUGUUUAAGACAGCCGUGAAGAUACUGUAUGAAAAGGGGAAAAUGAAACACAGUCAAGCAAAGCGCUAUCUUUCCUCUGCUAUCGAAGACGAAUUCGAUUUUGCCUUAGGAAAACAAACCCCGGCUUUUUUAAAGAAGUGUGUUUGCUAUAUCCGGAAGAUUGCCAACAUCGACCGUUUUGUGAAGGCUCCCGAGAUGGAGAAAUACAUAGAUGUGCUCCACGGAGGCGGGAAGUUUCUGAGGGAUCCAGAAGCGCUUGAGAAACUCAUCCGACUGAGGGACGAAUUUGUACCCACCAUUGUGGCUUCGUCCAACUUGAGAGUCUACACUUCCGUUACCCAUUGUGACAUCAAGUACGGUUACACCCAAGAGGUGGAGAGCCACUACAUCGAAGGCCUCGGCAAACAGUUCUACGAAGACAUGAUCGACAUCAUCCAAGCAACAGUCCAACAGAAUUUCGACAUAGAGACAGACUGGAUUUUUGAUGAGGUCCUGCAACACACCUCUCUGGCUAGAACUUACUCUUCCUUCUAUGAAUAUAGAUGUGAGGCCAGAACUAUCAUGCGUAAAUACCUCCUGCCGAAGAAAAUGGGCCACGUUAAUCCUCUGAUCGUCUAUGGAGGGCCAUGCACCGGAAAAACGUUUUUAUUAGCAGAGGUGGCAAAGAAGGCUUAUGCUUGGCUGAAGGAAGAGAUAGGACCGGAAUCGGAUCCUGUGGUGAUCAUAAGAUUUAUAGGAUCUACAGAGAUGAGCACAGACCUGAGAACUCUGCUUCAAAGUAUUUGUGAACAGUUAACGGUCAACUAUCGAUGCCUCGUGCAAAGCUACCCAAAAAAGAUCCACGAUCUCCGAGACUUACUCAUUAACCUUUUGAAUGAGUCUUCCUUUCAUCGUCCCCUGGUUUUAAUCUUUGACGCUCUGGAACAGCUGGCGGAUCACGAGGACGCCAGGAAAUUGUGGUGGCUUCCUGUUCACCUGCCUCGUUCGGUGCGAAUUAUCUUGUCCACGCUGCCGAACAAACACGGCAUCCUGCAAAAACUGAAGAGCCUUAUCCACGAGGAAGACAACUACAUCGAGUUGACCGCGAGGGACAGAAAGACAUGCAGUCAAGUCCUCAAGCAACAGUUGCUCCAAGUGAAGAGAAAAGUCACAUCGGGCCAGCAAAUCUACGUCAAUGAAGCUUUCUCGAAAUGCACUCUGCCAAUGUUUGUAAACUUAACCUUCCGAGAAGUUCGAAGUUGGAGAUCUCACAAGGAUGUUGACGGGUCUUCCCUCUGCGUCACUGUUCAUGAUGGCAUAGAGCAGAUGUUCUGGUCUCUGCAGAACAUCUGCGGACCGAGACUUUUAUCCCGAGCUCUUGGCUAUAUCACAAUAUCCAAAACUGGCUUGAGUGAAAUGGAAUUGGAAGACGUUUUAGCCCUCGAUAACACUGUCAUGCUAGAACUAAGUCAACGCAUCAGAAACCUCAAUCCAUUGAGAGUACCUUACAUCUACAUCGCCAAACUAAAAGAAGGAUUAACGGGAUACCUGAUAGAAAGACAAGUGAAAAAUGUAACUCUUUUAGUUUGGGCUAAUCGGCACCUACAGCUGAUUGCCCAAAAGAUUUAUCUUCACAGUGAAGAAGAUGUGCAUGAAAUGCACGCUAUCAUCGCAGAGUAUUUUUUAGGGGUUUGGUCUGGAGGCCGAAGGAAAUCUCUUUACGGCGAAGAUCAAUAUCUGAAUGGCUGCUUGGACAGUGACUGCAGGAGUAUGAACAAUGAGGAGAGGCACAUGAUGGACCUCAUGAAUUUUGAUAGGCAGUCUCCCGAUCAGCCUUGGGUCUUCCAGUGCAAUCCUUUGGAGCCUGACAUAUUUUUCAUUAACCACCGGAAAAUGACCGAGCUUUUGCAUCACCUGACCAAGUGCGGGAAAUCCGAUGACAUUUUGUACGGCGUCAUCAUGAACUUCAGCUGGCUUUACACCAUGAUCAAAAUUGGACAGUUCGACAAAGCCCUUUCAGAUGUGGAGUUGGCCUACAACUACUCGCAGGAGAAAGAGCUGAAGUUUCUAGCAACUACCCUGCGGGCCAUCAAAUACAAAGUGAUAAAAUACCCAGGGACCCUCUCAGCUGAAUUACAACAGAGGCUACUCCCAGUGAUGAGUUCCUUGCCCAAACUGAGACAGCUUCUUCUAGAGUGUGACAAAGAUGGCCCUAAGUAUUGUUCUAUUGUUCCACUUCAUUCUUCCAUGGAUGUCACUUAUAGUCCUGAAAGGCUACCUCUGUCCUCCAGCUGCUCUCAAGUGACCGAAAUCCUACCUACUUUCAAUCCAAGUAUAGUUAUUGUUGCUCUAGAAAAUGGGUCCAUCAGUACCUGGGAUAUCGAGACUCGCCAACUCUUAAGGCAAAUUACAACCGCUCAGUCAGUUAUUUUGGGCAUGAAACUGACGAGCGAUGAAAAAUACCUUGUGGUGGCCACCACCAAGAACACACUCUUGAUUUAUGACAAUCUAAACUCUUGUCUUCUCUCCGAGGUGGAAAUUAAAGGAUCAAAGCAUAGCGGAAUUGGAGUGAGUUCAAGUUUUAUAAAUGGAUUUGCCCUCUCUGUAAACCACGUGCUGUCAUGGUUGGAAGCUAGUAAGGACAUCACAGUGAUCGAUUUACUGUACGGAUGGCCACUUCAUCAGUUCCACUGUUGGUAUGAAGUCACUUGCGUCCAGUGUUCAGGAGAUGGGAUGUAUGCUUUCUGUGGACAACAUCUGAACACUGCGUCAAUAUUUCAUUUGGGCAGCGGCGACAAGCUGGCCACUGUGACCUCUGAAUUCUCAGGAGGGUUUGUCAAGUUUCUUCUCGUCUUAGAUUCAGCUCAAGAGAUGGUCAUGGUGGACAGUGAAGGAGCCCUUUCUAUUUGGAACACAGAGGAAAUAGCCCACCCUCAAUUAAUGGACGACUUCGAUUGCAGGAGGGGGGAUAACGAAUUUGUCAGCCUUGAACUUGCCGAAGACCAAAGCACCAUUCUAAUCUGCAAGUCCCUUGGGAUUGACCUCCUGGACACCAGCAUGUGGAAAGUCGUGGAAAAGUUUAGAGCGAAAAGGAACGAGCGCUUCAUCUCGGCCGCAUUAUCCAAGAACGGAGAUUGUAUCAUUGCGUCUAUUGAAAAUACCUCUGCCAUUUUCGUUUGGAGAAGAGAUACCGGGCAGUGCAUGGUGACCUUACAAGAAAUCUCAGGAAACAUUGUCCGGUUGAUGAAGUCAAACCAUCACAACAUGUUGCUCUCCUUGUCCACCAGCGGGGUCCUUUCGGUCUGGGACAUUGAUAUUAUCACUGCAAUGUCCAACAUUGACAAAACAGGCAAGCCAAUCCAAAGACUGGUUUUGCCCGCGAAGGGGGAAGCAAUUUACACGCUGGAUGGAUCUGAAGCUAUCCAUAAAUGGAACUUCAGCACGGGAUUCAUUGAAGCAAUAUUUAAGCACGAAAGCCUGGUUGAAAACUGUGUCCUGACUUCCAACGGGAAAUUGAUGAUUACGUCUGAUGACAAAUGCAGCCAGUAUGUGUGGCAAACGGGUUCCGGAGAAAAUCUCUUCCGCAUUAAUGGGCAAAAGAUAUGCCAACUGUUGAUAACCCAUAACGACCAGUUUGUGGUCUCCCUCUGUGAGCAAAACGCAUCCAGGGUUUGGAGGCUGUCUACCGGACACCGGGUGUGCAACAUUCUUGUGUCCUUGCAGAAUGCGUUUAUCACCACUGCAAACACCUUUGUGGUUGGGAUGACCAAGAACAAAGUCUUAGUGGUCAGCCUGUGGACUGGUAGCAUAACCAAGAAGUUUUCUUGUGAUGAUGGCAUCGCCAUUGUGGAUAUCAAAAGCAUUCCAGACUGCCCGGAUAUCGUGGUCUUUAUAACAUCUGCUGAAACCGUGAACAUCUACAGUCUUACCGAGGAAGUCAUCUCUAGACGUUUACAGCUGCCUAGUGGUUUCUUGAAAACGUUAGAGGAUUUCGAAAUAUCGCCCAAUGGGAAACUCGGGAUUCUUUCUCGUGGAGAUGAGAACAUCAACAUCCUGGAUCUUCACAGCGGCAAACUUCGAGUGGUCCAGGCAUCGGGUAUCAUCUGGAGGCAGAAGCUGUCUCAGGACGGACGCUACCUAGUGUACAUUUGUUUUUGCAGCGGGGAAGACGAUGAGGAUAACAGCGCCAUCUCUACCUUAAUUGUCGUGAGGUUGGCGGAUGGCAAAAACAUCGGGGCUUGCUCGCUGUACAAAACCCCCACUUUCCUAACUCUUUCCCAGAGGCACCUGAACAUCAUUGUGGGCUUCGACGAUGGAAGCAUCGCCACAUACACCGUGGUGGAUCGCGUGGACGCCGCCCUGAAAAUCAAAAUCGCAACAUCCAACAGCCGGCAGAUUUUCAACAACGCCACUCAGUUGAUGAAGCCCAAGUGUCACCAUUACAGCUUCAAGGCGACCGCGGACUGCAUCUGGAGAGAAUCGACAGAGGUGUUUGCGCGAGACAGUCCCAUCACGGUGGUGGAUGCGGAGACCAGCGAUGCCACCCCCACCAAAAAACACAACUAUUGCUACGACAAAGUGUGUUCCGCCAUAGACUGCAGAGUGUUCACCGCUGGCAACUAACUGUCGAAGGUGGAGUUUUGCUUGUCUUUUCCGCACAGCGGAUAUCACAUUCGUAUUGGGGUGCAAGCCCACUUUUAAAAGAGCUGAUUUAAAAAUGAACACAAUUCACGAGGCAAAGAGAAAAUAUUGGAAGGCGAGGCUUGAUCCACAGUCUUUCAAGCAAUAUCGUCCGAUGUAUUCUGCCGGGGUUUUUUUAAAAAAAAUGGGGUAGGGAAGAAGGCUUUUCAAUAAGCAACGACGCUAUAUUUCAUAUUGGAAUGGGGCAGAUCAAGCUUUUUUUUUUAAAAAAAAAAAAACCACAAAAAUCCAGCUGACCGGAAGCAAUUUUGAAUUGAUACCACUUGCAAAAAAAAAAGGUUUUUUUUCUUUCUGAUGGUGCAACCAGAUGUUACGUCACCCUGAAAGAGUUUGAUGCAUUCCAUAAACAUUUGAAAUAGCAGCUGUUAGAAAUCCUCCACACACACACACACACUCAAACACAUACAAAAUAAUUGUUUAAAAAAACAAACAGCCAAGGGAUUUUUCAGCCAGUGAAUAGCACUAAUUCCCCCCAGAUUUUCAGUCACGGCUAUCCUUUCAUGUAAAUCUUUUGUCACUAAACUCAGCGAUCUAUAGCGCUGCUUCAUUCUGCUUGGUUUUUCCUCUUACCUGGUUCAGGUAGAGUAGCAGGUGAAGUAAUCUAAAAGUCGCCACAUAAAGAGCGAAGACAUUGUCUUCGAAUUUAGAAAAAAAAUACCCCAAAUUGCAAGCGUUUCAAACGUCGACGAAAGUUUUCUAUUGCAAAAAUACAAAUUUGUAUACAAUUGCUUAUUUAGAUCCUGUAAAGCAAGGGGUGUAGAAGAACUGGGGGAUUCUGGGAAUUGCAGUCCACAAGUUGCCAAGAUUGGACACUCCUGCGUUACGGGAUCUAGCAUGGCUGACUGGGGGAAUUCUGGGAGUUAAAGUCCACAAGCCUUAAAGUUGCCAAGGUUGGACCCUGUGGUAAAGAAAGCAGUUUGGUUGGGAUUUUGUGCUGUUUUCUAUAUGCUUCCCAAGAGAGUUGCAGGAGGCCAUCUCAGCCGAAAACUGAGCUUGUGAGGGCCAUGGGUGGCACUCCCAAGCUCCAUUUUCACUGACAGAGGAAUGCAGGAGGUUGUCGCAGACGAAAGCGGAGCUCUGGAGCCUGUUUUCACAGGCCACCACAGGCGCCCCCGAUAUGAGUGAUGCCGAGCUGGCCACGCUCACCCUGGCCCCCCGAGGUCACACACAACCCUGAUGUGUCCUGCCCCCGCUACGGACCCCAAAGAAUGCAGCACACACAAAGUCCGUUCAAACCUUGGUUUACUAAAUAAAUCAGUCUUUUACAACAACGGCUGUUAAUUAACUGGAUUAACAGCCACCAAGAAUUCAAAGAAUAAUAACUGAAAGCUUACUGUGGUUGGCAGAAUGCCCAGAAGCAAUUUGCAGGAAGCUGAUAAGAUAAGCAAGACAAGACACGAAGGUAUGUGAACGAAGUUGUUCCCUGCAAAUUGCUUCAGUCGGUGUUCUUCCUUAAACAUGAUGUGGCCCUCAAUGAAAUUGAGUUUGACAUCCCUGGUUUAAGGGAUAACAUUUUUCCAUCGGAAAGGGCAUUAGGAACCGUCCACCCUGUUCCAUUCUCUCUUUUUACGUCCAAAAAAACCCACUCUUAGGAUCCGUUGUGUGUUCUAAGAAACUCCGGCUGAUUCUAAUCCUUGCAGGAAUCAGAAUUGGGAAGGGUUCGCGCAUCUUUCCCGACGCAUUUAGUGUCUGCCUUAUUGUCAUUCCUGUUCUUUCCUGCGUGAAACACAGACGCGAUGACCAAAUUACUCGGGGAUUCCAGUGACAUGCUCGCAAACCACAACAGCAACAACAACAACAAAAAUCUGGCUGCCUAAAGGGUUCUUUACUGUUACACUUUGUAAUAAAUUUCUUACUUUUUCUGUACAAUAUCCUACUCUUCACUUCCUGCCUUGGGCUGGCCUUUUAUAAGAUUUUAUGGCAUUUAGGAAAAAUAGGGAUGCAAUUCUGAUAUUUUGUUUUUAAAGUACGUCUCCUCCUGUUCUCCUACCCUUCGCCUUUUCUUACCUAGGGCUCUCUCCAGAUAGCCCUUAGAGGCGAUGGGAUUUGUAGUCCAAAGAUAUCUAGAAAGCCCUCUAUGAAGUGGACACGUGCAGCUUAGUGGUGGGUUUCAAAGUUUUUUACUACCGGUUCUGUCGGCGUGGCUUGGUGGGCAUGGUUUGGUGGGCGUGGCAGGGGAAGGAUACUGUAAAAUCUCCAUUCCUUCCCCAAUCCAGGGGAAGGAUACUGCAAAAUCCCCAUUUCCUCCCAAUCAGCUGGGACUUGGGAGGCAGAGAAUAGAUGGGGGCGGGGCCAGUCAGAAUUUUUACUACCGGUUCUCCGAACUCCUCAAAAUUUCCACUACCGGUUCUCCAGAACUGGUCAGAACCUGCUGAAACCCACCUCUGGUACAGCUCAAUUAAGAUAUAGAGUACAUGAGUUUUGGAUGGAGGAACCCUCCCGUUAAUUACAGAAAGUAUAAAAUGUCUCUAAAAGUCUCUCGAGUGUGAACAGCUUAUAUGUGUAGGCCGGUCUUCCUUUUUAAUAUAAAGGCCACCAGUGUCCCAUCCCAGCUCGUGUGCAUUUUAUAACAGAAAUAGGUAAAACACGUGCCUGUUCCAGUUUUGUCAGCCAAUAUUUGAGGAUUCCAAGUAUCCUAUUUGUAAAAUCCCCUGGAGCAGAAGCCCUCCACGCUGAUUUGCACAGGGGGUGAGCUUACACUUACUCACAGAGGGAAUUUGCACAUGAUUUUUCGG